AUAUAAACCCUCGUAGUGGGCGCGGGCAGCGCAGUGCUGAGCUGACGGGCGGCGGGCGGGAGCUGAGCGGAGCGGAUCGGGAUCCUGCAGCGCCCCCCGGGGUCCGCAACCGCCCGCAGCUCCCCCCGCUCCGCACCGGCUCCAUCCAUCCCCCCGUUUAUACCCCAUUAUAUCCCGGUUAUUGCCGUGGUUGUGAUGCUGCCGCCGGAGGUGGUGCCGGGUGGGUCGGCUCGGUUCAGCGUGCUGACAUGGGAACAGCUGCAGAGAUUGGAGCAGAUCCUGGGGGACGCGGUUCCGAUCCACGGCCGGGGGAACUUCCCAACGCUGUCAGUGAGACCCAGAACCAUCGUGCAGGUUGUCCGCAGUCGGCUGGAGAAGAAAGGGAUCGUGGUGCACAACGUGAGGCUGAACGGCUCGGCUGCCAGCCAUGUGCUGCACCAGGACAGCGGGCUGGGCUACAAAGACCUCGACCUCAUCUUCGGGGUGGAUCUGAAGACUGAAGAUGUCUUCCAGCAGGUGAAGGACGUGGUGAUGGAUUGCCUCCUCGACUUCCUCCCCGAGGGGGUCAACAAAGACAAGAUCACCCCCAUGACCCUGAAGGAGGCCUAUGUGCAGAAGUUAGUCAAGGUGUGCAAUGAGACCGACCGCUGGAGCCUCAUCUCCCUGUCCAACAACAGUGGGAAGAACGUGGAGCUCAAGUUCGUGGACUCCCUGAGGAGGCAGUUUGAGUUCAGCGUGGAUUCCUUUCAGAUCAUCCUGGAUUCCCUUCUGCUCUUUGGGGAGUGCUCGGAGAACCCCAUGGCUGAGAACUUCCACCCCACGGUCACCGGGGAGAGCAUGUAUGGGGACUUUGAGGAGGCCAUGGACCACCUGCGCAACAGAGUCAUCGCCACCCGCAACCCGGAGGAGAUCAGAGGGGGGGGGCUCCUGAAGUACUGCAACCUCCUGGUGAGGGGCUUCAAACCCAAAUCCGAGGUGGAUAUGAAGGCUCUGCAGCGCUACAUGUGCUCCAGGUUUUUCAUUGACUUCUCAGACAUCGGCGAGCAGCAGAGGAAGCUGGAGUGUUACCUGCAGAGCCACUUCGUGGGCAUGGAGGACAAACGUUAUGACUAUCUGAUGACUCUGCGCAGAGUUGUAAACGAGAGCACAGUCUGUCUCAUGGGACAUGAGCGAAGACAGACUCUGAACCUCAUUGCCACGCUGGCCGUGAGGGUCCUGGCUGAGCAGAACAUCCUCCCCACUGUCACAAACGUCACCUGCUACUACCAACCAGCCCCAUACGUCAGUGAGAUCAACAUCAACUACUACGUGACCCACGUGCAGCCCUUCCUGCCCUGCAAUCAGUCCUACCCAACGUGGCUGCCCUGUAACUGAGCCGGGAUGAACUUCAAGGGCUGCCCCUCCAGGUGUUCCCUUAUUUGGGGUGGGGGGGAGCCAGGACUGCAACAAAAGGAAACUUCACUCUUGUCCCCCGUCCCCCCCCACAGCCUGUGUUGCUGCUGGGGGUGGUCAGAGCCAGGCCUGCACACUGUGAUGGGACGUGCAGUGCUAUGGGAGCUCGGAUGGGGAGAUGUAUUGUAGGCAAUGGGGA